AGGUUCCAUUGCACAACAUACCAGUUCCCCUCAAUAUAACGCAGCAAUUGGCUGUUGAGAGCAACACACGUAGCAGAACAGUAACCGCUGGGUUUAGCUGAACUUUCAAGCUCUUGGAUUCAGUGGGAACUUCCUGGCGUUUACUCUGUUCUUUUUUAAGUCAGAUCUCAGUCCUUUCCCCCCUCCGCCCCACCACCCACACACACACACAAAUGAUACCCAUCAAACAGCUGAUCCCUGUUACCUCUGUGCUCAGUGUUUGCCUUGGACGAGGUACGGCCAAACAUGUUCAAGAGGUUCAGGAAGAAGAGUUCUCCUGCCCUGGAGGAACACACGAGCCCACAGCCAGCCAGCUCGGUGCAAACCCGAGAUCAGAAGAUUUACUGCCGACCGCAUUUUCUACACAAGACUUGGGGAGAGAUGCCCGACAUCACAGAUCAUCAGCUCAGACCCAUACUGGUGCCUCCAAAGAACAAGAGGUUGCCCUGGGGCACAGGAUAUUCAGAAGUGAUAAAUGCUGGUAAAAGUGUUUUCAAUGAAGACCAAGCAGUUUGUACAUCGAUCAUCGUGAAGAAAAAGGCUGAGAAUGAGGAAGAAUGGGUCCUUCUGUGCUUACAUGAAGACACUCAAGAUCAAGAGAUAAAGUGUUAUUACUGGGCCUUGUUUGAUGGUCACGGAGGCUCCAUUGCUGCAAUCCAGGCCUCCAAGCAUUUACACCACUGUAUCAGAGAGCAGCUGGAGGAAAUCUAUGAGAUCAUUGGGGGUCCUUUGAAUGUCCCACCCCCUCUGCAUCUUGAUGGGAAGAAAGGGAAGCAAAACGAACGUUAUUGUGUGAUGACCAAAAAUAUUUGCAUCGACCAUUUAGUGACGGGUGCACUGGAGACGGCCUUCAAAUGCUGUGAUGAACUUAUUUGUAAGUACCAGGAAUCGACCAGCCAGUCAGGAGGUUGCACAGCCCUGACUAUUCUGUUCCUGCAUGGGAAGCUCUACGUGGCAAGUGCUGGUGACAGCAGAGCGAUCAUUGUGUUCAAGGACCGUGAAAUAUCUUUGUCCAAUGAAUUCACAGCCGAGACGGAGAGACAAAAGAUUCAGUAUUUGGCCUUUCUGAAGCCCGAGUUACUUGGUGGUGAGUUCUCAAGAUAUGAAUUUCCAUGCAGAGUGAAAAGAAGCGAUAUUGGAAAGAAGAUCUUGUACAGGGAUUACUUCAUGAGCGGCUGGGGAUACAAAAUUGCAGAGGAAGACGAUCUAAAAUACCCAGUAAUACACGGUGAGGGGAAACAGACUCGAGUGAUGGGCACCAUUGCAGUCACACGGGGGCUGGGGGACCAUCAGCUGCAAGUUCACGAAACCAACCUCCACAUAAAACCAUUCUUGUCCUGUAUUCCUGAGGUGAUUGUAUUUGAUCUGACGCAACAUAAAUUUGAACCAAAUGAUGUUCUGAUAAUGGGCACAGAUGGUUUAUGGGAUAUAUUGUCCAACAAAGAAGUGGCAGAUAUUGUUGACAGCUUUUUGGCAGAGAACAAACAUCCACACAGGUACACAAUGCUGGCUCAGUACCUUGUACAUAAGGCAAAAGGCACAUUAUGUGGCAAUGAGUGGAAAACAGAAGAUGGCAGCUUUGCCUCUUUUGAUGACAUCUCAGUAUUUGUAAUACCACUGUACAAUAUGGCAGCAACAACCCCACCUUUAAUUUGAAAUCUAAUUCAUCUCCAAAUAUUUGACAGCUACCAUUCCCAGCAGAAAUCUGUACUGUGGUUUGUAUCCUGCCAAAUUCUUCAGUCCAUCAAAGAUUGCUACUACCCAUUAAUCUGUAGGAAGCACAGAAGAGAACAGCAUUCAGGCUUUCUGCAAGAGAUUGUGACCUUCAAUAUUAGAUGUAUAUUUUACAUGUGGGACUGGUUAUAGUUACUAUGAUUUUCUCAUGCCAACAUGAAAAUGUUAUAUUGCUGCUGAAGUUACUUUGGCCACAUUUUGGAAUAAAACUUAUGUGAUUUAAGUGUAAUGAAUCUAUGUGCAAAACUGAAAAUAAACCCUCCACAUCAUUGGAUCAUUCUUCACCCAAAUGCACGGAAAGAUUUCUGUGACUAUACAGUUGAUACUUUGUAAAAAGAGAUGGUUUUUAUGCACUUUACUGAAGCUGAUGCCAAAUGAUUAUUUUUAUAAUUAAAUAUUG